UUACUUUUCAUUGAUAUCAAUUUAUUAUUUUUGUGCAAAAAAUAAACGGGAAAUAAUCGAAGUUAAAAUGGACAUAUUGGAAUUUACAUUCAAAAUUUUAAUCAGUUGCGGUUGUUGGAUACCGAAUUCCUGGACUGUUCCAUCCUACAGACGUUUCAUGUACCACGCAUAUACAAUUUUUAUACUUUUAUUGAUAAAUACAUUUACAUUGUCGCAAUUUUUGGAUAUAAUUCUGACCGUCGACAAUCCGGAAGAUUUCAUGGAUAAUUUCUACAUGCUGCUUGCCAUGAUCGUUUCUUGCUUUAAAAUGUUUAGUUUGUUGAUGAAUCGCAGCAACAUCGCGAUGCUAACAGAUAUUCUAAUGAAUGGACCAUGUAAACCACUAGAACCAGCCGAAAUAGAAAUACGACAGAGAUUUGAUAAACUCAUUGAGACGAAUACCUUGCAUUAUAUGAUUCUGGUCGAAUUGACAUGUGCAUCUACGGCGAUAGCAUCAUUAUUCACGGAUUACAGGAAAAAAAAGUUAACGUUCAGAGCGUGGUUACCAUUUGAUUACUAUUCUUCGACAGCGCUUUUUCAUUUUACUUAUUUUCAUCAGUUAAUAAGUUUGACAGUUGGCUCUGUCUUACACGUUGCUUGCGAUGGCCUUAUUUGUGGACUACUGUUACAUAUAUGCUGUCAAAUAGAGAUAUUAAGUUAUCGUUUAAAGAAAAUUGCACGCAAUCCAAAAAUACUUCGUGACUGCGUCAAUCAGCACAAUCUUAUAACUAAAAUUGCUUGUCUAUUAAACAAAAAAUUCAGGUUCACUAUCAGCUUUCAAUUCCUUGUAAGUACGUUGGUGGUAUGUUUUACAUUAUAUCAAUUGACCAAAUCGAGUGGAAAAUUCGUUGAAUUAGGAAUGUAUAUGUCAUGCAUGCUGACACAAAUUUUUUUGUAUUGCUGGUACGCGAAUGAAGUUAAACUGAAGAGUCUACAACUAGUAAAUGAUCUAUAUGAAAUAGAAUGGCUUACUUUGGGGCAACACGUACAAAAGGAUUUAUUAACAAUUGCAAUACGCAGUAGAAUGCCCAUUGAAUUUAGCAGUGCUUACGUUAUACCUAUGAAUCUAGAUUCGUUUGUGGGUUUGCUCAAGACAUCAUAUUCGACUUACAACAUACUUCAACAAAUGCAAGAUCCGAGUAACAAUGAAGACAUAUAGAAAGAUGUUGCUCCAUGUUAUAUGAUU